AUGGAGUGUCUCGAAACCAUUCACUUCUUUGUGGACACCUCCCAAAAAAUGCGCACGAACACCGCCGAUGGACAGAAUCCGCACAAGAAAACGAUGGCAUUUCUGCACCACUUCUGCAAAAGAAGCGAUUCUCAGCCAGGCUACUCCGACAGAGUCCGCAUUGUGAGUUUACCGCCCAUUUUGCGGAAAACUUGCACAAAACACUUUUUUCAGCAUUUCGGCAAUGAGAUCGUCUCUCUGGAGCAAGGAAAAUCGUUAGAAAAACUCCGCAAGUUUGCAAAGAGCUCGUCAUUGCGCCCGGUGUUCGCCGCCAGCAUGGCCUACUGGAAGAGAGUCGUCGAGGAAGAAUCAAGCAGAAUCGUCACAUAUUUCGUGCUCACAACGAAUGUGGAACGAGCAGUGAGUAUAUUUCAUCAAUCAGCAAAUCUAUUGGUAAUCUUAGAUGCUGAAAAUGUUUGGAGAGAAGAAAGACAACGUGUUUUUCAUGGAUUUUUCCGGAGCACCCGUCAAAAAGUCAAUUCAAAAACUGGUCGAAGUUGUGCAGACGAAGGAUUUGAGGAAAACUGCCGAUAAGAUUCACAAGUUCCUCAUCGAUCAGUACCUCACAAAGGUCGACUACGGAAUCUCAUUCAACGCCGAAUGCAUAGACUUUCCGAAGAACAGAAGGAAUCUGAUUAGCUUGGAGAGCAUCACAGUCGUUGCAUCGACUACUGUUGAGCCACUGGAAACCUUGCCAAUUCUCUCGAAAAGCUUUCUCAUGCCAAUUGACGACGUCUACAAACGCAAAAAUGGUAAUGGUAACUGGAAUGACUGAAUUGGUAAUGAAUACUUUCAGGCAAUCUCGGCAAUGUCGAGGCAUACUGCGCGCUCAAGCAGAUUCUUGGCGAGGAGAUGGAUGCUUCGGAUGAGGAAACAGAUAGCUCCAAAACGACCGAAUCGACUUCCGCGUCGAACAACGUUUCCACCAACAACGCCUCGACCAGUUUGUCUGAAACCAGUGAAGGCACGACCUCAACUGUGACCAGCUCUGAGAAUUCUGAGGUGGCCAAGCCAGAAGCCAGUGCUCAAGAGCAGUCCGCAAUCACAUCAAUAGAGAACAUGGAGUCAGUGAAAACUGAAGAAGCAGUCAUCGACGGCGCACAGGAAAAGGUUGUGGAAUCAAUCAAAUCCGACGAACCCAUUUCUGAUCAGUCCGAGGGAGAGUCUUCCGAGGUUUCCAAAGCCGGAAAAGUCGAGGAUUCAUUGGAAGGAAAAUCAGAAAAGAAGGCUGCUGAUCAUGUGACUGACGCCAACGAACAAGUGGGUGAAGAAAGCACAACGGGAGAGGUUGAUCAGAAAACUAGUGAGAACGCUGAUGAGCCUAGGGAUUACGAUGCCGCCGGAACCUCCAAACCUGUUGCCGAUGAGCAGUCUGAAGGAGACGUUGUCACGAAACCCGAUGAUUCAGCGGCUGAGGUUUGCGAUCCAAAAGACGUAGAGCUCACGAAGCCGGAGAAAAACGUGGUGGCAGAUGAGGCCGAGGAAAAGGAUGAGUACGUGGCUGAGGAACCAGUUGAACCAAAGACCACUCCGAAACGUUCUGGCAGAACGUCGAGAACACUCAAACGAGUGAUGAUUGACGAUGAUGAGAGCGACGAGGAGUACACUCCGAUCAAGAAGCGAAGCGCCAAGAAGAACUCGAAGACACCUACAAAAAGUCCGAGACGCAUCAAACAGGAAACUCCAAAGAAAGAAGCAUCCAUUCCACGAAGAACCACAAGAAGCUCAGCAAGAGGAAAGAAGGCAAAGCAGGAAGAAGAGGAAGAAGAGCAAGAGGAGGCGGUCAAGGUAGAGCCGAAGGAGGAGCCGAAGGAAAAGGUUAAAGAAGAACUAGGAGAACCUUCUACUUCUGGAACCGUUGCUGGUACUUCUUUCGAAAAUGAUGAGAAAACAGACGGAGAGGACAGGAAGCCAGAGCUGGAAGUGGACGAGGUAAGAUAGAGAGAGGAGUAAUUUGGGUUCAAUGUUUGUUUCCAGGUUUCCGAGGUUCCCGAGACGUUCCUUGUCGCUCGUGCUAUUGAGCGUUACACUGGAAAAGAGAGACCAGUGAUUCUCAGACUCCGAAACCUGUACGAGACGGAGCACAAAUUCCUUGACGAUGAAAUUAUCCAGAAGAUUAUCGAGGAAGCGGAGGCGAAAAAGAAGGAAGAGGAAGCAGCACGUGAUGCAGCCAAGAUCAUCCGAGGACAUCCGUCUCGAUUCGCUCCUGCUCCUGCUAAUCCAGUCUCGUUCUCGUAUGUUCCACCGGUCAUCCCAAUGAUGGAAAUGUUUGAGGACUCUCCGGACAGUCCGCCGGCUCCAGAGUCUCCGGACAUGGCUCCAGUUGUGCCGCAAAACGUGAAGCUUAUUCCGAUUAUUCCAACAACGAUCCCGCUUGAUCCUGUCGUUCCAACCGAGACGGAAUUCGGCAAGGACGUUGAUAUGCGCCAGAUUGGAGAGUCAUCAUCCCAGAAAGACGUCGACUACAGGGUACUGGACACCAAUCUGAAGACCGGAUCCCAAGCUGGCGCAUUACCGCAGUCGAGUGAUUCUCCAGUUGAGAUUCCACUGGAACGAAGCACUUCCGCAAUGGACACUGACUAUCGCAUUCCUCCAAAAAAGACCAGAUGGAGUGAUGGAGAUGUCCCCUCGAACAUCCAACCACUGCAGCAAGCGCCAGUCGAACCACGGAAAGAAGACGCGAAAGAAGAGGGAGAGGUCGAAGAGGAGCCAGCGGAGCCAGCGGAGACAAAAGAGCCGGUGGCGACAAAUGCGGAGAAGGUUGAAGAGCCUGCAGAACGAAGCGCGGAAAAUGCUGCAUCUAUUCCGAAAGCUUCAAUUCCAACCGAAAACGAGGAAAAGGUUAACGAGCCAAAGAACAUUCCGCAGGAUCUGUCCGACGAUUCGUUUGACCCUAACCUGAGUCUCGAAUUAGUCGAUGAAUACAAUUGCACCGACGAUGACGAGAAGCCCGACAGCACCAAGUACAUCGAAGUGGUUGUGGUGAGUUCGAAUGACACGACAGGAAUGUGUAAUUGUUGUAUUUCAGCUCGACAUGACGUGGGAUGCCUUCAAAGACAGAGUCGCUCUUGUCGGUGACGAUGCGACAUUCGCGAAGAUCUCGGAGAGAGAGAGGAAGCUCGUCGGUAGACCGCAGAGCCACGAUUAUACCGAGUGUAAGUGUUAUCUUUCUGAAUAUGAAACAACUUUCUCUGAUUGCAGUGGCCGGUUGGUACACUCCGGAAGCGAUGGUCUUCUACGUCAACAAGCUAUAUCGUGCCCUUCGUAAACUCCGCGAGCGCACCGACAUGUUCCACAAGGAGAUCGAGCACAUGAAGAUGAUGGUGAAAUGCGGACAGAGUGCCGAGUACGCCCGACAGUUUGCUGCUCUUCUCCGUGCGGAGACCGUCUCCAGCGACAUGACCCAUUUGAAAGAUGCGGCCGCUACCGAGUUUGAAAAACUUGCCCACAAGUACAGCCGCCGACAGCUAUAA